AGGCGUAUAUCGAGAAGGAACACUGGAGAGCGAUGGAAUAACUGUACCGCGCUCUGAUACAUCCCACGAGGAGGGGGGCCACAUUACGCAAAUAACGCGCACAGCCACUAAUACACCUCAACACGGACCACCAUCACCCUCGCGUCGGCAAAAACCUAUCCACGAUGGCCUCUGAUCCCUCCUCCUCCCAGGCCGGCACAUUCGAAAUCGGCGAACGGAUCCUAUGCUACCACGGGCCCCUCAUCUACGAAGCAAAGGUUCUAGAAGCCCAAAACAUGGAAUCACCAGCGUUCAGCGGCAUACACUACCUCGUGCACUACAAGGGGUGGAAACGGACGUGGGACGAAUGGGUUCCUCUGGGUCGGGCCCUCCCGUAUACGGAAGAGAAUCUCGCAAAGCAGAAGGCCCUGCAGAAGACGAAUACGCCUGCGAACCAGACUGCUGCUACCAAGACGAAGACGCGGGAGACGGCGGGGCCUUCGAGGACGGCGAGGAAGGAUGGGACGCGUGGGACGAAACGGGGACGGGACGACGACGAAGGAACGAGAAAACCCGAGAUGAAGCUGACUGUGCCGGAAUCUCUCAAGGCUACGCUUGUUGAUGACUGGGAGGCGGUCACGAAGAACAAUCAACUCGUCGACCUGCCGCGGAACCCUAACGUUGUCCAGAUCCUGGCGCUAUUCGCAAAAUACGUCCUGGAGACCCGUCCGGCAGAGUUGAGGCAACCAGAGAUUUUGAUACAUACGAUCAUCUCUGGGCUCCAAGUUUAUUUUGACCGUUCGUUGGGUUCGCAGCUGUUGUAUCGGUUUGAGAGACCGCAGUAUGCGGUGGUUAGGCAGACGUAUGUGACGGGUGCCGAUGUGGAUGUGAGCAAGAUACCUGAGAUGAGCGCUAUCUAUGGGGCGGAGCAUUUGUUGAGGAUGCUUGUUUCGCUGCCGCAAAUGGUCUCCGCUUCUCCGUUGGAUGCAGAAUCGGUGGGACUGAUACGGGAUUAUGUGAAUGAACUAUUAAACUACUUGGCAGCCAACAAAGCUACGCUGUUCUUGCUGGAAUACCAACCUGCGAGUUUGCAGUACCAAAAUGUUUCACGGUCAUGAUUCUCUGUGAACGAAUGUAAUGUUUGUAAAUGAUAUUUUGAUAUUUCCUUUACUGCAGUUGCAGUUGUAUGUAUAUAAUAAUAAUAAUCAACGUG